GUAGAAAGCACAAUUGUAGCAAAAAUUCCAAUUAGUGAAAUGAUAGUUAAAGAAAAGGCCAGGUUUUUUAUGCAAGCUUUUAAUAUAAAUGAAUCUGACCUGAAAUUAUCAAAUGGUUGGAUUGAAAAAUUCAAACGUCGUAAUAAUCUUCAUAUUUUUUAUUUAUAUAGAGAGGCCAAAAGUGCAUCUUUAGAAACAUUGCAUGAAGAAAGACAAAAGUUACAUAAUCUUCUUAGCCAGUAUACUCUCGAUCAAAUUUAUAAUGCAGAUGAAACUGCAUUAUUUUAUCGUAUGCCACCAAACCAAACUUUGUCAAUGACUCCUAUACAUGGUCAAAAAAAA